GGUAAGGGUAAAAGCGUCAUUAUGAAAAAGCGCCGCUCCCUUGUAAAUCUCAUAGCCACCGACUGGAUUGAUCGCGCUCUCGUCAACAUCUGCAAAAGAUCUUUAGCCGCUUUCGAAUCGUCUCGUAGCGAGCUGUCGGUGAUAUUCCCUUUAAUCUUUGAAGCUUGAACAAUUCCCAAGCAAGUGCAUACAGAAGCUUGAUUGACAGACUGUUUUCACAAUCAAAAUCUUGAUUGGCAGAAGCAUUUAGUGUCUUCCAAUGGCAACCAAUGAGAAUCUCCCUCCAAAUGUUAUUAGGCAGUUAGCCAAGGAAUUGAAGAAUUUGGAUGAAACACCUCCUGAAGGAAUUAAAGUGGUUGUUAAUGAUGAAGACUUUUCUACUAUCUAUGCUGAUAUCGAGGGUCCUGCUGGCACUCCAUAUGAGAAUGGUGUAUUUCGCAUGAAGCUUUUAUUGUCUCAUGACUUCCCACAUUCUCCUCCCAAAGGUUACUUCCUGACCAAAAUUUUUCAUCCAAACAUUUCGUCAAAUGGUGAAAUAUGUGUCAACACACUUAAAAAGGACUGGAAUCCGAGUCUUGGAUUAAGACAUGUAUUGAUUGUUGUCAGAUGUCUGCUCAUAGAACCAUUCCCUGAAUCUGCGCUGAAUGAACAGGCCGGUAAAAUGUUGCUGGAAAACUAUGAUGAGUAUGCUAGGCAUGCCAGGUUAUACACUGGAAUACAUGCCCUUAAACCUAAGCCAAAAGUUAAAACUGUGGCAAUCUUUGAGUCCACCACAGCCUUAAAUGUGGAUCAUAGAAACAAAGAAUCUACUGGCAAAGAGCCCCAGCCUCCUACACCGUUGAGUACAUCUUCGAAAAUCCCAUCACAAGACCAGAAUGCAAGCGUCAUCCCUGUAACUGAGCCAGUCAUCGGAGCAUCAGCACUUCCAAAGAAGGAAGGAGUACUUGCAGUGAAAGCCACUCAGGUAGAUAAGAAGAAGAUUGACGCAAGGAAGAAGAGCUUGAAAAGACUAUAGGUUUAUUAAAUUAGGCGUUCCUUGUACUGAGUAGUAAUAGCAUGAAUUGCUGUGGAGAGGACAAGUUGACAACAAUGUACAUCUUAAUUCUAUUCUUUGUAGCUUGUUCAUCACUUUAUGCA